AUGUCUAUGCCCAGUUCCACCGCAGGCAAUGCGCCGCCAAUCGAUGAGCUUGAUGACAUUCUAAACGGCAUCAUAGAGGGUCGAGAUGAGGCAGCAGCGGCAAGCACUGUCCAGGUACAUACGAAUGCGUCAAAACGGAGGCCGACAGACAACACGGGAGAAUUGGGAAUUGAUGAGGAAGUCAUCAUCACGAAGAAACGAACACCAAUACCCAAGCUCAAUGACGAAAGACUUCUUUCAGAUGCAGGCAUUCCCCGCCUGCGGAGGAUAUCGAAGGAACGGCUGCGAUUCAAGGGCAAAGGAAACGAGUAUGGAGACAUUGCGAGAAUGUUGAACAUGUAUCAGUUGUGGCUGGACGAUCUGUACCCACGCGCCAAAUUCGCCGAUGCACUUGCCAUGGUUGAGAAAGUUGGGCAUACCAGGAGGAUGCAGAUAAUGCGAAAGGAUUGGAUAGACGAAGGAAAGCCCAGGCGCGCCACAGAACAGGAAGAGCAUGACGAUGUAGACCAACUUCCUCCAACUGCUGCCCACCCAGAGGAGAGCGCAGACACAGUGCAGGGUGUAGACGACCCUACCGAGAACAACGAUGCGUCACAUACGGAUGCUGAGAGACGAGACCAGACUGCAACAUCGAGGCGGACGACACCCCAAUCGGGGCACGAUCCGGACGAAGACGAAUUAGAUGCACUGUUGGCAGAAGGCGCACCAGAUGCAUCGAACGUGCCCACUUCUCUGCCGUCACGGACGAAAAUGGCAGAUGAUGAUCCUUUUGCAGACGAGAUGGAGGCGAUGGCGGACAUGGAGGAGAUGUGGUAG